AUGUAUAGGGUAGACCAAGUACAACUAAGAUCGUCGUUAUUGUUACUAUUCGACGUACCAUUUUCAAUUCCCUUCGUAAACGAGGUANACCAUGGAACAAGGUUCGCCUACGGCCUAUCGAUAUUACUUAGCGGUUUGAAACCAGCAAUCGAUGCAGCACAUGGUGCCGGUAUAUACGCCAGUCCAUCAAUUAUCUAUACAGCUCAUCCAAGGUACUCUGAGAUUAAAAAAAUCGAAUCAGAGACUGAGAGUACAUUUUUCAAGGGUGGUAAAUAUGUUCAGUUUGUUUUACAAUGCCGUGUACAUCCGAAUAACAUAAAAAAGAUUGGCCGAGAAACGAUUAAAACUUGUGAUACAAUCAUCGAUCCUAACUUCGAUAAUGACGUCAUUGAAUGGCUUAUCGAUGCGCAAGGCAAACCCAUCAUGGAUUUUAAUGAUCCAAACUCCACUAUUGUUUGUACAGGUCUCAUGGUGCGUGUUACAGACAAUCAUCCAGGAGUAUUGCCUGAUUCACAAUGGUGGUACCACACGUUUUUAAUUGAACAUCCGCAAAUGCUACAAAGCAUUCAGUUGCAUCAACUUCAAGAGAAAAUCGAAAACGAAGAGACAUGUAAUAUCAUUUUCAGCUAA